CAAAAGAGGCCAAGCCCCGCCUCCACUCGCCCGCGCCCCCCGCCCGCCGCGCCCGCUCCGCAGUGCUCAGUCUCCAGCGCGCGCGGCUGGGAGCGGUCGCUGUGCCUCGUUGUCCCCAGCGGCUGCGACAGCAGCUCCUGCAGAAACCUCCGACCCCGUGUCAGCCCAAGCCUCUGCCCACGGUGGCUGCCAUGUCAACCUUGCUGGAUAUCAAGAGCAGCGUGCUCAGGCAGGUGCAGGUGUGCCCAUCCUUCCGCCGCAAGACAGAGCAGGAGCCUGAGACCACCAGCACAGACUCUCAGGAGCCCCCGACAGGGGCCUGGAAACCUGGGGAUGGUGUGGAGUUCUUUGCCCACAUGCGCCUCAUCUUGAAGAAAGGGGAUGGCAGACAGGGCCUGCCAUGCCCUGAGGUUCUUUUACGCAGUGGUUCCCCAGCCCCUGCUGAGCCUGUGGAUCCCAACCGUGGCUUGAGAGCUUUGACCCAGGAGGAGAUGGAGAUGCUCUAUGAGGAGGCCUUGUACACAGUCCUCCACCGGGCAGGCACCAUGGGACCUGACCAGGUUGACGACGAAGAGGUCUUGCUGGGCUACCUUCAGCAGGUGUUUGGUACCAGCCUUGAGGAGCAUACCCAGGCCAUUGAGCGUGUGAAGAAGGCCAAGGCCCCCAUGUAUGCCCUGAAAGUCUCCGUCAUGCGUGCCAAGAACCUUCUGGCCAAAGACCCCAAUGGCUUCAGUGACCCGUACUGCAUGCUGGGCAUCCUGCCAGCUACUGGUGCCCCACAAGAGCCAAGUGGGCAGAAGGAGCAGCGCUUCAGCUUCCGCAAGGGCAGCAAGCGCAGUGGCCCACUGCCAGCCAAGUAUAUCCAGGUCACCGAAGUCAAGAGUAGUACCCUGAACCCUGUCUGGAAGGAGCACUUUUUGUUUGAAAUUGAGGAUGUCAACACAGACCAGCUGCACCUGGACAUCUGGGACCAUGAUGAUGAUGUGUCCCUGGCAGAAGCAUGCAGGAAGCUGAAUGAAGUCAUCGGCCUAAAGGGCAUGAGCAGAUAUUUCAAACAGAUCGUCAAAUCUGCUCGUGCAAAUGGGACAGCAGGACCCACUGAGGACCACACUGAUGACUUCCUGGGAUGCCUCAACAUCCCAAUCAGGGAGGUGCCUGUGGCGGGUACUGACCGCUGGUUUAAGCUGGAACCACGCUCCAGUGCCUCUCGUGUGCAGGGAGAUUGCCACCUGGUCCUCAAGCUCAUCACCACCCAGAGGGACACUGCUAUGAGUCAGCGUGGGCGAUCGGGCUUCCUGUCCUACCUGUUGCUACUCAGCCGUGUGCUGCGUUUUGAGCAUCGAGUGGAAGAGCCUAAUUCUAGCAGCUGGCGUGGUGAGCUUAGCGUGGCUGGGACCACAAUCCUUUGCCUGCACGGAGCCCAGAGCAACCUGUCGUCCUUGCAGCUGGCAGUGCUGCACUGGCAGGUCAGUAGCCGCCACCAUCAGACACGCACCCUUGACUAUGGCUACCUGCUGGGGCUGCUGGAGGAUAUACAGGCACACUGGGAAGAGGCAGCCUCACUGCCUCAGGAGCAGGAGGAGAGCCUAGCUGACAGUUUUUCCGCCUUCUCUGAGUUUGGGCUGCGGUUGCUGCGGCAGCUCCGAGAUUACUUCCCUGCUACCAACAGCACAGCUGUGUACCGCUUGGAGCUGCUGCUGAAGUGUCUCGACAAGUUGCAGCUCUUCCAGCCCUCCUUUGAAAUCUGUCCCUUCGAGACUGAGCUCAACAUGGACAUUGCUGCUGCCUUGAAGAGGGGCAACCGUGAGUGGUAUGACCAGCUCCUAAACACCAAAAGUCCUCGGGAACAGCCUGGGCCGCAGCGCCUAACUGGGCUUAUCGAGCUCGCAGAUAUCAUCUAUGAGGACUUGCAGUCCUGCUAUGGAGUCUAUGCCAGCCUCUUUCAUGGCAUCCUCAAGGUGGACUUCUUCACUCUUACUUUCCGGCAGCUAGAGCGUCUGGUGGCUGAGGAGGCAUGGAUGCUGACAGAGGAGCUGAGCUCCAAGAUGAACCUAGAGGUGGCCUCGGGGCUCUUUGAGCUCUACCUGACCCUGGCUGACACCCAGCGCUUCUGGAGCUGCAUCCCUGGUCGGGACAGCCGCUCCCUGGCCCUGGCUGGCAUCCACACCCCAUUCCUACCAGCAGUGAAGCUCUGGCUGCAGGUACUGCGGGACCAGGCCAAGUGGCGCCUUCAGGGAGCCGUGGAUGUAGACACACUGGAGCCUGUGGAUGCUGCUUCCAAGCACAGCAGCUCUGCAGCUACUGCCAGCCUCUGCUUAAGCCAUAUACAGGAGCUCUGGGUCCGCUUGGCCUGGCCUGACCUUGCCCAGGCCCAGGGGCUGGGCACCCAGCUCAGCCAGGACAUGUGUGAGGCUGCCCUCUUCUACACGGAGCUGCUGCGGAAGAAGGUAGACACCCAACCUGGGGCUGCUGGAGAGGCAGUGAGUGAACAGCUCUGCGUGGUGCUCAACAAUGUGGAGCUGGUGCGCAGGGCUUCAGGGCAGGCACUGAGGGGCCUAGCAUGGCCGGAGGGAGCUGCUGGGCUGGAGGGAGUGCUCCCCCGCCCCCUGCUCAGCUGCAUACAGGCCCUGGAUGAAGACCUGAAGCGGGAAGCCCACACUGUGACAGCACAUCUGACCUCCAAGAUGGUGGCAGACAUCAGGAAGUACAUACAGCACAUCAGUUUGUCUCCAGACUCUAUUCAGAAUGAUGAGGCUGUGGCUCCACUCCUGAAGUACCUGGAUGAGAAGCUAGCUCUGCUGAAUGCCUCGCUGGUGAAGGAAAAUCUGAGCAGGGUGCUGGAGGCCCUCUGGGAGCUGCUCCUACAGGCCAUUCUGCAGGCACUGAGUGCAAAUAGAGAUGUCUCUGCCGAUUUCUACGGGCGCUUCCACUUCACCCUGGAGGCUCUGGUCAGUUUCUUCCAUGCUGAGGGCCAGGGCCUGCCUCUGGAGAGCUUGAGGGAUGGAAGCUACAAGAGGUUGGAGGAGGAGCUGAGGCUGCAUAAAUGCUCUACCCGUGAAUGUAUUGAGCAGUUUUAUCUGGACAAGCUCAAGCAGAGGUCUCUGGAACAGAACCGUUUUGGGCGCCUGAGCGUCCGUUGCCAUUAUGAGGCAGCUGAGCAACGGCUGGCUGUGGAGGUGCUACAUGCUGCAGACCUGCUGCCCCUGGAUGCCAAUGGCCUGAGUGACCCCUUUGUGAUCAUGGAGCUGGGCCCACCACAUCUCUUCCCACUGGUCCGCAGCCAGAGGACCCAGGUCAAGGCCCGAACGCUGCACCCGGUGUAUGAUGAACUCUUCCACUUCUCUGUGCCUGCAGAGGCAUGUCGCCGCCGUGGGGCCUGUGUGCUGUUCACAGUCAUGGACCAUGACUGGCUGUCCACCAAUGACUUCGCUGGGGAGGCAGCUCUUGGCCUGGGUGGUAUCAGUGGCAUCGCAAGGCCACAUGUAGGAGGGAGUGUGAGAGCUGGGCAGCCCAUCACACUGCACCUGCGAAGGCCCAGAGCUCAGGUGAGGUCUGCAUUGCGGAUGCUGGAAGGCCGCAAUAAUAAGGAGGCGCAGGAGUUUGUCAAGAAACUCAAGGAGCUGGAGAAGUGCAUGGAGGCUGAUCCCUGAGUACUCUGCUGGUCCUCCCCACUUCCCUGUGGGACCCACUCUGUGGCAGCCAGGGUUCCUGGAGGCCCCUUUCUCACCAUGACCUGCCUGCUCUGCCUGGACCCUGUGGCUUCUGUCUGCCUUGGCUGUGUCUUUUGAUGUGCUAUGAACCCGUGUCCCAGCAUGUCCUACCCUGAAUAUGGGCAGCCAACUCAGUGGGACUUGGCCAGCAGCUUUGUGUGGAGAUGGAGCAGGAUAGAUGAGGCCUGGUCCUGGUGGGCAUAUGCUCUCAGUGGAUUCUUGCUUCCUAGAUGCCAUUAGGCAGUAUCUAGAGACCCCUGUGGUCACAGCUAGGGAGUGAAGGGUAGAGUUGCUGUUCACACACUACAACGAUGAUAGCAAUGCCAGUGGGGAAGCCUCUCCUAAAGGAGGCUCUGUUCUGUUUCCUGAGGCAGGAAGGCUGGGGGCCAGGUUGGGACAACCCAAGCUCUGGAGUUUAGCAGCUGCCAGGGCCCCAGGCAGAGGGUGAGGGUAAGAAUUUCCACUACCCGUGGCUUCUCUCUCUUGGAUCUGGAUGCUCUACAUAGCAGGUGAGCACGGAAACUGGCUGAGGAUUACAUAGGUUCUGGUUCCAACCAAGCUCCUGGGCCCAGGAAAGGUUCUUCUGUAGUCACCAUGAGGCAAAAGAUAUCACCCAAGUUGGAGAUCAGGGUUAAGGGCUCUAUGCCAGCUGGUCAGCUAUCCUUUUACAUAUCUCCAUAUGACCACACCACUUAUCCCAUAGCCCAGCAGAUUCCCCCAACCCUUGGCCAAGUACAAGGUGACAGACUCAUACUGGGGCACCUUUCUGGCCUGUAGCUUUAAUGAGAGCUCCAAAGCAAGACCCCAAACAAGGCUGUCUCAGAACUGAUGGAGAACCCAGUCCCACCAGGCCUGUCCAUCCCCAGGUCCCACUGCCACCUCUGUACUAAUGCAUCCCAACUUUAACAAUGUAUGUGUCUACAAA